AUGUGGGGGGCUGAGGGCCCAAUGAUUCUCAUCUCAGUUUCAGUUGACCGCUUUUGUGGAGAUUUGCUACAGAAUUCAGAUCGACAUGAAAUCACAGGUUCACAAGCCGCACUUAGGUUACGAGAUAUGAACAGGUCCAUGAUCGUCAUUGAACAAGAAGAUAUACUGGGAGGACAUACGAAUACACACAUUGAUUCUUCGGCGAAGGGGCCGGCCAACUUUGGGGUCAAAGUAUUUGAUGACGUGGACAUCACCAGAGAAUAUUUCAAGCGCCUGGGGGUUCCCUUUCAAAAGACGCAUCUAGAGGGCGGUGAAGGGGACAAACUCUACGCCGAUUUCCGAACUGGCGAAUUCAUCGAUUACAAACCGCCGAACAUGACAAUGGCUCUCGCGUCGUAUGCCCAGCAAGCUGCUAAAUAUCCGCAGUUGCAAAAGGGGUUUUUUUUCCGUGAGCCAGUGCCGGAAGAUUUGCUCCUCCCGUUUGCCGAGUUUAUAAAGAAAUACAACAUUGGAGACGCAAUUGAGAUAAUAUACACUUACUGUCAGGGCUUUGGCGACCUUCUUAAACGGCUUACGCUCUACGUGUUUAAAACAUUUGACCUCACGGUGCUGAGGGACCUACAGAAUGGGUACUUGAUUCCUACUAGCGGGGACAACCACGAAGUAUAUGACAAGGCUUUCGAAAUCAUCAAAUCCGAUGUGCUAUUUCGAAGUCGAGUGGAGCGCGUACACCGUGGUCUCGACUAUGUCACAGUUGUUGUGAAUACGGCCUCCGGCACAAGGAUAAUUCGUGCGAGAAAGCUAUUAGUUUCCAUCGCGCCGACUUUGGACAAUCUUGGAGGCUUUGACUUGGAUAUGGAAGAGGAGUCCAUCUUUAAACAUUUUAAGACUACUGGUUACUACACCUCCGUGGUCAAGGUCCCUGGGCUCCGGAAAUUCGAUAGCCUGACCAAUUUCAACCCCAAUACUGCGUAUAAUCUUCCCAAACUACCAGGUAUCUACUGGGUCACACCUACUGCUCCCGAUAAAUACGACAUCAAAUAUGGCAGCCCCCGCGCAUUAGGCGACGAUUACGUUAAAGCGGAUAUUAUUAGGACCAUGAAACGCUUCCAGGCACCUGGUUCAGAAGAGCCUGAAAUUGUAGCUUGGUCUAGUCAUACUCCUUUUGGAGCAACGGUCUCAAGAGAUGCCAUUAAGUCUGGGUUUUACGAAAGAUUGUACUCUCUGCAAGGCAGACGGAACACUUACUACACAGGAGCUGCAUUCCAUGCACAUAACUCGGGACUGCUUUGGAGGUUCACGGAAGAAGUGCUUCAAGAGAUGAUGAAGUAG